CGCAUCCUGGUCGAAUAUCAUGCAACAAGAAGGAACCGCAUCUCCGCCGCCGUCGCCUUCGUCCGUGGUACCGUCGAAGCAGCAGCGUGUGGUAGUUGUGAAGGACGAGAGGAAGAAAGCAGAAUGCGGUCAUGAUGGUGACGAUGCACACACCCAUGCGGAAGGAGAAGAAGAAGAAGUGAAGGAACUGCAGCUGACCGAUUGCAUUGAAUUUGGCUCGGAUUGGGAGGAUAUCUACCACGUCGGCACGGCUGGAUUAAAGGCGCGUGUGUUGAACGGCCUCGACAACAUGGUCCAACUCAAGGAACUCCGAGUACGAUCGAAUCUGCUGUACAAGAUGACCGGCAUCGAACACCUUGUGAACCUCGUGCACUUGGAGCUAUAUGACAAUCAGAUCAAGAAAAUGACGAGCUUGGAUCGCCUUGUCAACCUACGAGUGCUGGACCUGUCGUUCAACGAGAUCCGCGUCAUCCCCGACCUCAGCCACUUGACCCAGCUGCAGGAACUGUACGUGGCCAACAACAAACUCACGCACAUCACGGGCAUCGCGGCGCUGUCGACGCUCAAGAAGCUCGACCUCGGCGCCAACCGCAUCCGUGUCAUCGAAGGACUCGACAACCUUUACGACCUGGAGCAACUCUGGCUUGGCAAGAACAAGAUCACGCAGAUCCAGGGGCUCGAAGCCCUCGCAAAGCUCAAAAUCAUCAGCGUCCAGAGCAAUCGGCUCGUGUCGAUUGAGAACUUGGACGCCAACACGAACUUGCAGGAAGUGUACUUGAGCCACAACGGCAUCGCAGCCAUUCAAAACAUUAGCCACCUGUCGAAGCUGUUGAUCUUGGACCUUGGAGCGAACCGCAUCCCGCGCAUUCCAGACAUGGCGUCGCUGCAGUCGCUGGAAGACCUGUGGCUCAAUGAUAACCAAGUGGCAACGUUUGACGAUCUCGUGCACUUGACGUCCACUACGUCGUUGCAGACGCUGUAUCUGGAGCGAAACCCCCUGGCUUCGGACUUUGAAUACCGCAAGCGCAUCCAUGCCACGUUGCCGUUUGUGUCUCAGAUCGACGCCACGCCCAUCGCGUAAGCCUGCCGUCCGCCGCCCGACAAAUCAUCUUGUGCACAUCAGACAGAUGGGAUGUAGAGUCAUUUUGCGCUCAAUAAAGUGACGACGAUGGAUGAAUAAUACACGGAUGGAUUGACUGAAA